ACCUGACAGGCUCGUCCCUGCAUCAAACACACUCACAGCAGGAGACUCGCUCCAUCACACACCACCUCGCGUCUCCGUCUUCCUCCACACUCUGAGCUGAAGAUGCCUCUCCAGUCCACUCUGUCGGGCCGGGGCUCUGGCUCCAACAAGGCCCUGGACACGCAGUCGGACGGGAAGUCGUUUGAGGAGCUGAGGCAGGAAUGUUUGCAAAAGGGAGUCCUGUUUGAGGAUCCAGACUUCCCUGCCACCGACUCCUCGCUUUACUAUAGCCAGAGUGUUCCCGUCCAGAUUGAAUGGAAAAGGCCCAAGGAGAUCUGCGACAACCCAAAGUUCAUCGUCGGCAGUGCAGACAGGACAGACAUCUGCCAAGGACAGCUUGGAGACUGCUGGCUUCUGGCUGCCAUUGCAUCCUUGACCCUCAAAAAAGAAACCCUGGCACGAGUCGUCCCCCACGACCAGGACUUUGACCGCAGAUAUGCCGGGAUAUUUCACUUUCAGUUCUGGAAACACAACAAAUGGCUGGACGUUGUGGUGGACGACAGGCUGCCGUCAGUAAGAAACAGACUCAUCUUGCUUCACUCCGCCUCCAACAACGAGUUCUGGAGCGCCCUGCUGGAGAAAGCCUAUGCCAAACUUCACGGCAGCUACGAGUCCCUGAAGGGCGGCAGCACACUGGAGGCCAUGGAAGAUUUUACCGGUGGGGUCGGGGAAAUGUACGACACCAAGAGCGCCCCAAGCAACCUGUUCACCAUCAUGAAGAAAGCCCUGGACAGAGGCUCCAUGAUGGGAUGCUCCAUUGAUAUCAGCAGCUCUGCAGAGUCUGAGGCCAAGACGAGCACCGGCCUGGUGAAGGGACAUGCAUACUCCAUCACAGGCAUGGAGGAGGUGAAUGUCAGAGGUAGGAAGGUCCAGCUGAUCCGGGUCAGAAACCCCUGGGGUCAGGUCGAGUGGAACGGUCCUUGGAGUGACAAGUCCAGAGAAUGGAAUAGUGUUGAUGCAGCCGAAAAAAAUCGCAUCCUGCAGAAUUCAACAGAGGACGGCGAAUUCUGGAUGGAGUUUGAGGACUUCAAGAGGAACUAUGACAAAGUGGAGAUUUGCAACAUGACCCCUGACUCUCUGACCGACAACACAAAGCGCCACUGGGAAGUUCAACUGUUUGAAGGAAACUGGAUCCGCGGCUCCACCGCUGGAGGCUGCAGGAACUUCAUCGACACAUUUUGGACCAACCCGCAGUUCAAGCUGCAGUUGGAAGACGCUGACGAUGAUGACGACAUGUGCAGCGUUGUGAUCGCUCUGAUGCAGAAGAACAGACGAAGGCUGAGGAAGGAAGGCAUGGAUCUGGAGACCAUCGGCUUUGCAGUGUAUGAGGCUCCAAAUGAUGAUGACCAUCAAGGUAAAGAUUUCUUCCGCUACCACGGGUCCAAGGCUCGCAGCAAGACCUACAUCAAUAUGCGAGAAGUAUCAGAACGCUUCACACUGCCUCCUGGGAAAUACCUGCUGGUCCCCACCACCUUCCAGCCCCACCACGAGGCCGACUUCCUCAUCAGGAUCUUCUCUGAGAAGAAGGCCGGAGCUCUGGAGAUGGGGAGCACAGUUGACGCUGACCUGCCAGAUCCGGCUCCGCCCUCCGCUCCAGAGGAGGAGACAGAUGAGGAGAAAGGCCUGAGGAGGCUGUUUGAACAGCUGGCUGGUGAUGACCAGGCUAUUGAUGUCAGAGAGCUCCAGCAGAUGCUGAACGGAGUUCUCAGCAGACGAAAAGAGAUCAGAUUUGAUGGCCUGAGUCUGAGCACCUGCCACAGUAUCAUCAACCUGAUGGAUGUGGACCAAACCGGGAAACUGGAGUUCCAAGAGUUUAAGGUCUUCUGGGAAAAGAUGAAGAAGUGGAUUAUGCUCUUCUUGUCCUUUGACACCGACCGCUCAGGGAAGAUGUCGUCCUACGAGCUUCGUAUUGCGCUCAAAGCUGCAGGCAUGCAGCUGAACAGCCAGCUCAUGCAGCUGCUCGGCUUGAGGUUUGCUGACGAAAACUAUGACAUCGACUUCGACGACUACCUCACCUGCAUCGUCCGUCUGGAGAACAUGUUCAGAGCUUUCCAGGCUGUGGACGAAUCCAAGAGGGGACGGGUGAGGAUGAACUUCAUGCAGUUCCUGAUGUUGUCGAUGAAUGUCUGAGGAGACGCUGAGAGCAAACAGAAGCCACCAGAAGAACAAAACGUGCAGUGUGCUGAAUAUUCCAGCCGUAAUGAUGCUUACACGCAUUUUCUUUUUCAUGUUUCAAAUUCUCAACAUUUUUUUUUUAUUGGACUAAAUAAUGUGAGAUGCUGUCUGCACUUGAGUGUUGGAACGACGGGAUCAAAUGUUAAAAUUUGCUGACUCAUGCUUUUGGACAAAACGUAAUUUCUCUUCUUUCUGCAUGAAUGGAAAUAAACUUUGAAUAAAA